AUGGCAACGCAUGCCAAGAUGCAAAUUCACGACAACGCCAUCUCAGCCUUCAAGGGCGCCGAUGACGAGAAUAUCUUUGAGCGAACCCUGAUCAGCUGGGAGUCACUGCCAACUUUGGCAAAGGAUGCCCUUACAGACGUUCAGUAUGAGAAGACCCAGGUUCCUUUUAACGACGCCAACUUUCAAGCUCAGAUGGACGCUGCGUAUCAGGAGAGGUUCUUUGCGGGCAUUCCAGAGGUGGCGGAUUGCGACCCGGUGGAAGACCGACCAUCUAAGGUUGAUACUCCGGAUGACCCUCCUGUGACUGCUACUACCUCUGCGCCAAAGACGGAACCCACUGGAGCAUAG